AUGUCCCUUAGACCAGUCUUCAUCAUGAUUGUCCCUCUUUCUCUGCUAUUCUGUGAUGGUAAAGAGGUGGUGCAUGCCUCAGAAGGUCUGGACUGGGAAGACAAAGAUGCCCCAGGGACAUUGGUUGGAAACGUGGUGCACUCAAGGAUCAUCAGUCCUCUGCGCCUGUUUGUUAAACAGUCUCCAGUGCCCAAGCCAGGUCCCAUGGCAUAUGCAGACAGCAUGGAAAACUUUUGGGAUUGGCUGGCCAAUAUCACAGAGGCUCAGGAGCCAUUAGCAAGAACUAAGCGGAGGCCAAUAGUGAAAACGGGAAAAUUUAAGAAAAUGUUUGGAUGGGGUGACUUUCAUUCCAACAUUAAAACUGUCAAACUCAACCUUCUCAUCACAGGGAAAAUUGUCGACCAUGGAAAUGGAACCUUCAGUGUUUAUUUCCGGCAUAAUUCAACAGGCCUGGGCAAUGUUUCAGUGAGCUUGGUACCUCCUUCCAAAGUGGUGGAAUUUGAAGUUUCCCCCCAGUCGACCUUAGAGACCAAGGAAUCCAAAUCUUUCAAUUGUCGCAUUGAGUAUGAAAAAACAGACCGGGCAAAGAAGACCGCCCUGUGCAACUUUGACCCGUCCAAGAUUUGCUACCAGGAGCAGACUCAGAGCCAUGUGUCUUGGUUAUGCUCCAAGCCCUUCAAGGUCAUUUGCAUUUACAUUGCCUUUUACAGUGUUGAUUAUAAACUUGUGCAGAAGGUCUGUCCUGACUACAAUUAUCAUAGCGAGACCCCAUACUUAUCUUCUGGCUGAAUCUGUCCACAGUGAUAGAAAUGAGAGACUCAUGU